AUGAGCUCCCCCGACCGCAACUACUCCUCCGAAUCGCCCUCCUCCUCCUCCGGCGCGCAAACGCCUGCCCUCGCUACCGACUCCAACCGCGCGUCCGCGUCAUACAUCGCCAACAUGUGGACCGGGCUCAUCCGCCGCUUCUCGACCGAGGACUCGCACUUCCCCAGCCAGGCCGACACCGCCUACGACGACCACCAGAACGGCGGGUCGCCCAAGGACGGCGUCAACGGCGUCUUCUCGCCCAUCCGCCGCACCGCCAGCCCGCUGCACCUGCCGCCUCUCGACCCGCUCGUCUUGCACGGCUACCGCGAGGGCACGCCUGAUUCUGCGAAGCUGUUAUCUACCGCCGUGGCUGAGGAGAUUCGCACCAUGAUCCCCGAGCGCCUGCGCAUCGUCGACGACUGGCACCUCGUCUACAGCCUCGACCAGGACGGCGCCAGCCUGGCUACACUCUAUCAGCGGUGUCGCCCGUACGAUGGCAAACGGGCUGGCUUCGUGCUGGUCGUCAAGGACGAAGAAGGCGGGACCUUCGGCGCCUACCUCUCUGAAUACCCUCAUCCAGCCCACUCCUACUUUGGCAACGGCGAAUGCUUCCUCUGGCGUGCCUCUAUCCACGCUCCCCUCCCCCUGCCGCCCUCCGCCGACACCACAAACCUCACCCGUACCACGACGCUCGCUCCGCCGCCGAGGCCCGCUUCCUCGUCCGCGACUAGCUCCCGCUCCGCCUCGCCGACUCCCAGCGAGGCCGUCCGCUUCAAGGCCUUUCCCUAUAGCGGACUCAACGAUUUUUGCAUGAACUGCGAGACAAACUUCCUGAGCGUCGGCUCUGGUGGUGGUCAUUACGGCCUGUGGCUUGACGACUCGCUCGCAGUCGGCCACAGUUCCCGCUGUGAAACGUUUGGCAACGAACCUCUGAGUGACGAGGGGACCAAGUUUGGCAUGAUUGGUGUCGAACUCUGGGUCAUGGGUGCAUAA